GAAGAAGAGUGGUAGUAGUGGUAAACUGGUAAUAACAGCAAAAAGCAUAAAGCAAUUUGAAGAUGGAGGGCUUGAAGGUAUGGAGGUUAUCUUCAUCCAUUGCAAGGCCUUCGAAUUUGAGGCAACUAUUUGGAUUAGGUACUUCCUCUGGCCUAGUCCGCUGCUUAGACAAUGGCGCCGCCGCCGCCAACGCCACCAACACAAGGUUUCCCUCUCGCAACCGCCGCGCUUCCACCUCCACAUCCACUUCCACUAACACUUCGGACCGUGAAGCCGUCCGUGCGAUCCGCCUGAAAAAAGUAGAGCAAUUGCGGAGCAAAGGGACGGAGCCGUACGGUUAUAAGUGGGAUAGGAGUCACAGUGCUAAGGAGCUUCAAGAAAUAUACAAGGAUCUAAACAAUGGAGAAGAGUUGGAUAGUGAGAGCCACCAUGUUUCUAUUGCAGGCCGAAUUGUGGCUCGUAGAGCCUUUGGGAAGCUUGCUUUUCUCACUUUAAGAGAUGAUUCCGGCACUAUUCAGCUAUACUGUGAGAAAGAAAGGCUUUUGAAUGAUCAAUUUGAGCAGUUAAAGACACUUGUUGAUAUUGGUGAUAUAUUGGGUGCUUCUGGCUCUAUCAAGCGGACUGAGAAAGGGGAGCUUUCUGUUAAGGUGGAUUCUUUUUCAAUCCUUACUAAAUCACUACUUCCACUGCCGGACAAGUUUCAUGGUUUAACCGACAUUGAUAAGCGAUACCGUCAAAGGUAUGUUGACAUGAUUGCAAAUCCUGAAGUAGCUGACAUAUUCCGGAAACGAGCAAAGAUCAUGAGGGAGAUACGAAAGACAGUAGAAUCUCGAGGUUUUGUUGAAGUUGAAACUCCAGUUCUGCAGGGAGCAGCUGGUGGGGCUGAAGCAAGACCAUUUGUGACAUACCAUAACUCCCUUGGAAGGGAUCUUUAUCUAAGAAUUGCAACUGAACUUCACUUGAAGAGAAUGCUGGUUGGGGGAUUUGAAAAAGUAUAUGAGAUUGGUCGGAUAUUCAGAAACGAAGGCAUUUCUACUCGUCAUAAUCCUGAAUUUACUACCAUCGAGAUGUAUGAAGCAUAUUCAGACUAUCAGAGUAUGAUGGACAUGGCCGAGGAAAUUGUGACCCAAUGUGCUCUUGAAGUUAAUGGAAAGCUCACCAUUGAUUACCAGGGGACUGAGAUACAGUUGCAGCGGCCAUGGCGGAGGGAAACCAUGCACAAUCUUGUUAAAGAAGUAACUGGGGUUGAUUUCACUGAAUUGGAAGAUGAUCUUAAAGUUGCUAAAGAUGUUGUUCUGAAGGCAGUUGGGCUUGGUCUCGAUAGUAAGGACAAGUCUUCCAUUGAAGCUUGCCCUUCACUUGGCCACCUCCUUAAUGAGGUUUUUGAAAUUUUUGUUGAACCGAAGCUCCUGCAACCUACAUUUGUUUUGGACUAUCCCAUUGAAAUAUCUCCUCUUGCCAAACCUCACCGGAGGCAUGCAGGUUUGACUGAGAGAUUUGAACUCUUCAUAUGUGGUCGUGAACUGGCCAAUGCAUUCUCGGAGUUGACUGAUCCUUUGGACCAGAGAGCUCGCCUGGAACAGCAAGUAAGACAACAUAACAAGAAGAGAGCAGAAGCUGUUUCAGUCACGGAUGGCACAGGAGAGCAAAAGAAUAUAGAUGAGGACUCCAUGUAUGAAGUGACUCUUGAUGAUGAUUUUCUUACUGCUUUGGAAUAUGGAAUGCCUCCGGCUUCAGGAAUGGGACUUGGAAUCGACAGGUUGGUGAUGCUCUUGACGGAUUCCGCCAGCAUCCGAGACGUCAUUGCUUUUCCCGUUUUAAAGAUUUCACAGUAACCGGUAGGAUGCCGCUACUUGAACUAUAACUAGAGUAAUAACAUCCCUUUUCUUAUAUUAUUUUUAUUUAUAGCCCCUUAUUUGAGUAUUCAGUGUAGUGUUUAUGGAAUGAUAAUUUAAUUUUGAUUCGAUUA